UAAACUAGUAUAUAUUAGAUUUAUUAGAUUAUCUGUAUUAUUAUAUCUUAGGCUGUUGCUUGAUGUACGUUUAUCAAUUUAAUUUUUAGUGGGUGUAAAGCUGAAGAAACUUUCUUGUUCAUAUUUUAAUAGUCUCUUCAUUACAAUUAAAGAUUUGUGUUAAUUUUUGAUUAUCAUGUCUUCAACACCAAGAGUUCUUUCUAUUCAGAGUCAUGUCGUUCAUGGUUACGUGGGAAAUAAGAGUGCUGUAUUCCCACUUCAAGUUCUUGGUCUAGAAGUAGACGCAAUCAAUACUGUGCAAUUUUCAACUCACACUGGAUACAAAGAUAUUAAAGGAACUGUUUUACAAAAUGAGGAUAUGGAAGAACUCAUAAAUGGCCUAGUUUUGAAUGAUGUUGACUACUAUACACACUUUUUAACAGGCUAUUCAAGAUCACCAGAAUCCUUAAAAAAGAUUGCAGAAAUAAUUAAAAAUUUGAGGGUAAAGAACCCUGAUCUUGUUUAUGUAUGCGACCCUGUCAUGGGUGAUAAUGGCAAGCUCUAUGUGCCCGAAAGCAUUUUACCAGUUUAUAGGGAUGAUGUGGUACCAUUAGCUGACAUUUUGACCCCUAACCAAUUUGAAGCAGAGUUAUUGACUGGUCUAACUAUGAAAGAUUUAGAUGGGGCUGUGAAAGUAAUACAAGCUCUACAUAAUAAAGGUGUGAAAACAGUUGUCCUGUCAAGUACAGACUUAGGAGAUGGAAAUAACAUGAUUGCCAUUGCCAGCAAUAAAGAUUGCUGUUACCAAGUACAGAUACCAAAAGUGGAUGCAACCUUUACAGGCACAGGCGAUUUAUUUGCAGCAUUGUUUUUAGCAUGGUCAUACAGAACUAAAAGCAAUUUAAAAUUAACCUUAGAGCAAACCAUUGCUACACUACAAGCAAUUGUUAAAGACACCUAUGAAAAUGCUAGAAGAAUUCAACCCAUUGGAAAGAUUCCACCUAAGCUGAUAGAGCUACGACUAAUUCAAAACAAGCAUAUUAUUGAGCAACCCAAAAUCAAUAUAACAGCUACGGAGAUAAAACUUAAGUGAUGAAGUGCUUAAUUUGUUACUUAAAAACUUAGGUAUUAAGUGACAAAGUUACCUGUCCUUUAUUAUAAGAUAAUGUUAUAAAAUAUUAAGAAAGAAGACAAUAAUACUUGUUUAUCAUUGUUUUUAUUAGUAUGGAUAGUAAUAAGCAUAGUUUGUUAGUAGCAGAAUACUAUGGCAACAUUUAUGAACAUGUUCAUGUUUGUAUACAUAUUCGUUGCUUAUUUACUUUGUUUAGAUAAGGGCAUACAGUAUUAUAUAUAUGUGUGUGUGAAAUGCCACACAAAACUGAUAUUUAAAUAUGAAGCGACCAAUGAAGUCUUCCAAACAGAUGUCUGUGAUUUCGAUUCAUUCUUGUUAUGUAAUUUAAGCUUAAAUCAUUUUUUUUUAUUUUGUUACAUUAGGAAAUAAAAAUAGUACAAUUAUUACA